AUGGACUUGUCUCGCUUGAUGGUCUAUGCCGAACAAAUGGAGGAGGAGAAGUUGAGGAAGAGGAGGGGUCAUGAGGCCAAGAGGGCCCGUUUUGAGGGCAAGUUCCAAAGUCGAAGGGGAGGCCGGUUUCAUCAAGGUCAAGGGUCUUCUCAUGCGCCCCAUAGGGGGUUUGCCAAUGAAGUUCCAAGGGCCCAAGGUGUUGGUGGUAUGGGUCCUGUUGAUGUAUGUCCGAAGUGUGGUAAGGGCCAUAGUGGCCUGUGCUUGAGAAAUACCGGUGCUUGCUACAGUUGUGGGGAAAUGGGGCACAAGGCAAUGGAUUGUCCUCAAAAUCGCAACAAGGGUAAGGAGGUCCGUCCGCAAGGUGCCAAUGUGGUUCCUUUCGGGAGAGGGGCCCGACAAGAUGGUGCCCCAAGGCACAUUCGAUUUUAUGCUUUGCAUGGGAGCCCCUUUGUUGCUAAAAAGUUUCAUGUUGAGCCCGACGUGUUGUGUGAGUCAUAUAAGGUGUCUACUCCUAUUGGUGCAUAUAUUGUUGCUAGGAAGGUCUAUAGAAAUUGUCCUAUUUGCAUCCUGCAUAAAAUAUUGCCUUGUGAUCUUGUUGAGUUGAACAUGGUCGAUUUUGAUGUUGUUCUUGGGAUGGAUUGGUUGCAUGCAUACUAUGCUUCCAUUGAUUCUAGAACCCGUAAGGUCAAGUUCCAAUUCCCAAGUGAACCCAUUCUUGAGUGGGAAAGCCAAAAAUGUGGUAGUCAAGGGUAG